UCUAUCCUCCUGCAGUAAAAACACACAUGCCGCUCGAUAUUGCAAAACAGAUACUAGUAGUUUCCUCUUAAAACUCCAAUGAUUCACGAUAUUAUUUUGAAGCAGUUGUGUUACGUUGGUACUGGCAUGUUGACAUUGUCGAUUCAACUUCCUCCUUUCUCAAAUGUAUAUUCCAAACAACCUGUUGAGCAACUCUAGGCUAUUACUCAGCCAGCAUGACCAGUGGGGAAAAAAUCUUGUGUGCUCAUUAAAGCAACAUGCAUCCACAUGAAAUUCCAACAAAGAAGGAAGGUGUACUUCCCAUGACCACACCUCCUCAUUUAGGCUCCUUGAUAAUGCAUUUGAGCAGUUGGCUGCCGAUCAUUCAUCAAGACCGAAGGCAUCAGUGUAUGGAGGUAUGGACCAAAAAGUGAAUUUUGUUCCAAGGGUGCAGUGGGGAGCGGCUCAGCCUCGACAACAGGGGAAACUGAAAGGCUCUGCUCAGAGAGUUGUAAUACACCACACUGCUCUCCCAAAGUGCACGAGUCUGAAAGAGUGUACGGACCAACUCGUCAGCAUUCAGAGAGCACAUAUGACAGAAAGAGGCUUUGAUGAUAUUGGAUAUAAUUUUCUUGUUGGUGGAGAUGGCACAGUGUACGAAGGCCGUGGUUGGGGUGUGGUAGGAGCACAUGCCAAGGGCAACAAUCAUGACUCAGUGGGGAUUGCCUUCAUGGGCAAUUUCAACAAUGACACUCCAAGUGCGGAGGCAAUAUUGUCAGUCAAACAGCUGCUGCAGUCUGGAGUUUCUCAGGACUUUUUAAACCCACAAUUUGUCCUGUUAGGCCACAGAGAUCUGGGAAGCACAGAAUGUCCAGGAAAAAAACUUUAUGCUGCACUUCCACAGCUAAGGGAUACCAUGUAGAGCUGACUGCACAUUAUGAUGGGGUUUAGUGCAAGAUUCUUUCUUUUCCUUCAAUGGUUUUUUCCUUUUGUUUUUAUCGUGGGUUUUUCCUUAACUGAGGAGGAUUCAUGCUUGAAAUCCUGAAGCGGUCCUGCAGGUUUCACAGCCUGUCAGGUGUUUCUUGUACAGCAGAGGGAGCCAUCCAGCCAUCGUAAUGGAUGAAACUAAGAGGCUCAAGCUGUCCACACUGUAUAGUUUAGUAACUCAGAAAUUUUUAAUUCAUAUGCUGACAAAUUGUGAUGGACUCACAGUGGCUUACUUAAUGGGCUAAGUGCAAUGUAAGAGUUUGGUAACACAUUUUAUUUAUGAAUACUUUGUUAUUAAUGCACUGUGCUGCAAGAUAAACCUUCACAUGAGUUUAAUCUGUUCUAAUGUUAUGGGGUGAGUCUUUUGGAAAUUGCAUUUAUUAGCAGUAUCAUAACUACUUGAUUUAUUUUUUAUUUGUGUGAGGGAUUCUCUUUUUGCUUAACCUCUCCCACAGAGGAUGAUGUGGCCAAAGAGUCCCCAUCAAACCAAAUUCAUUCAACUAAUGAUAUUAAAUAAACUUUGAGGCGACAAGUUGUUUUUGUAAGGGCAGUAAUCUCAUACAAAUGUAUCCAGGGUGCAACUGUGGUGCAGUUCAUGAUAUCAUAUUAUUAAUGGAGACAACAAUGUGUGCUUUCUGCAGUGCCUGAAACAUUCCCAACAAGUGCUCACUUGUGCAGCACAGGGAUUAUGGAAGGAGGGCCCUAUCAAAUAGACUAAGAGAAGGUAUGAUGGUAACAGAUUAUGUGUGUAGUUCUGCUCAUCAUGUCUGAUGUCUGACAUGUGAACUGUAAAACACCCCAGCAAAAUAGUUGAUCUGAUUAAUAAGAAUGAAAGUUAACAAGAAGGUGUUGCCUUCAGCUGAAGUGCAGUUUGCAUGGUAGCAAAACUAAGAGUUGCCUUGUUUCUUAUUGUGGCCAAUCAUUUGUUGAAAUAUUAUCAAGUAUUUUAUCUUUAUUUGAUGUAUUUGGGUUCAUUUCAUUCGGUUGUUUUUUUUCUGUAGUUUUUGUAUAAGAUUAAAUGGAACAAUUUCUUCUGGAACACAGCUGAUCCAUUUUGUAUCUUUUCCAAUAAAAAGGAACAUAUAAAUUUG